CAACAGCGUAGCAUGAUUCAGAGUCAAAUUGUCUGAUAAUGGGUCUCGGUAUCGGCACUUUAAAACAGCCACACUCUUAGAAGAACGAGCAGUUCAUCGUCAGCUUAUACUCAGGCGUGUAUUAGAGAAUUAGGUCUCCACUGUAAUCGCAUUUGUUUAUUCAACAAUGGAGUUCGCGUUAAAAGUUGUCUACUCUAUGUGUUUACUUUCUGUUACCAUUGCAGGUUCCAUAUACGACAUUGGCACGGGUCCGUUCUGUAACGCCAGCCCGGAAGACUGCGAAGACAGAGGCGAUGAGUUCAUUGGAUACUUUCAAGACACGUGCUGGGCAGGCAAUAAAGUAUGGUGCAAACAGAGGGCAACCGUUAAAGGACAAGAGUGGGUUGGAGCAGGGCCAUUCUGUAACACUCUGCCUAGCGACUGUCGUACCAGGUUUUUGAAAUAUGCCACCUCAGCUAAGUGUGGAGAUGGGUCUUGCUGCGUGACUGGAAUUAAACGACUAUGUGUUCCUGAUGAAAAGGCCUCCAGUAAACGAUUUGGGGCACUGGCAAUGAAACCCAAGCUGAAAGUAUGGCUUGGUUCAUCGCCAAUGUGUGACGGUAAAUGCAGUGACUGUGCCCUUUACGGUAUGAGCUGUGCGGGUAAAGACAUGACGGGCGAUGGUGACACGUGUCUAUCGGGUAAAAAAGUUAUGUGUCUAGUACCAGAAGCGCCUGCUCUAUGGUCUCCGUGUCAGGCGAAUAUAUUGAAGGUAUUGUCUUACAAUGUCCGCGAAUUAGAUUUCAUGUAUGUACACGAUGGACAGCGAGAGCGUACUUGUCGGAUUCCCCGUCGAAUAGUAGAACAGCUUGGUGAUGUCGAUGUUAUCGUCUUGCAGGAGGUGUUCAUGGGAGGUUGCUUCCCCGGCGUUGUUUCACUCAGGGAUUUGUUUCGUCACCAUGGAUUCCCUCAUAUGACAAAUAAAGUGGGCGAUCGGGACACUGGUUUCCUGGAAGACGGUGGGGUUUAUAUCGUAUCGCGUUGGCCAAUCACAGAGCAGCACGAAACUAUAUUUGAAGCAACGCACUACAUGGAAGCAGACGCGUUUGCUGCUAAGGGCGUCAUCUACGCAAAGAUCAUCAAAACUGUCAAAGGUACCAGCAGAAAUUAUCAUGUAUUCGGUACGCACAUGCAGGCACAGAUAGGAGACAUUCACGACUCAGUACGGGAAGACCAAGCUAAGGAAAUGAGAGCGUUUAUGAAAGACCAAAACAUUCCAUUUAGUGAGCCAGUUAUAUAUGCGGGAGACUUUAACUGUGAUGUAAGAGCUAAUCACAGACACGUGAGACGCGUACUGGGCAAGCUGAAUGCAGGAAUACCACCACGUGUUGGCAAACUGACUGCGACCUUUGACCCGACUACAAAUGAUAUGUUUGAAGAUAAGAAUCAAGCCCCAGGCCCUGAGUGGCUGGAUUACGUGGUGUACAGCAAGGACCAUCUGAAACCAUGGGUCAGUACAUUGGAAGGAAUCAAACUUACAUCUAAGACACAGAUGGAAAUCUGUAGUAAUGGUCCAUUCAAACCGUCCUACAUGUAUCCUGAUUCAAGUUUUUGUUCAAAGAAACGAACAAUAACUGAUUUAUCAGAUCAUUACCCAGUGUUGGGAAUGUUUAUGUUUCCCUGA